AUGAGCAACUACCUAGGGGUACCUAAAUUCUAUGGGACUUGUUUUAGCAUGGACCUCAACACGGACGCCCGCAUCUCUCUCAUCAUGGUGUCUCGCCCCAAACGCUCGGCUGCUACCAAAGCGACCGAGAAUAUCUCGGUACAAUCGAAAUGGACUGACAAUGAGAGGACUGGCGAUAGUCCCGUCCCGUCUCGCCGUUCAGGACGCUCUACAGUGUUUCGCGACGCGCCUUCAUCCCCAGAAUCAGGCAGCAUGCCCUCCCGCUCGCGUCAAUCCGCGCGCGCCGGUCGUCGCUCCGAGCAGUUUGACGGCGGCGAAAUCGUCACCGGAAAGCGCAACCGUGGCACCAAGAAGAGCUAUGUCGUCGAGUCCAGUCCCGACGAUGAUGAGGACGAUAUGGAGGAUGAGGUUGAGGUGGACCUUGAUGACGAGGAUGCUGAAGGGGAAGACGAGGUUGACAUGGAUGCCGAGGGUGAGGAUCUCGAUGCCGACGGAGAUGUUGAUAUGGAUGCAGCACCGCCUCCGCGCCGCAAUAAGGUAACAACUAUCAGAGUCUCGCGCUCGGCAAAGCCCCGCAACGCUGCCAGAGCGGCCGCAUCCCGCAUUGUUGCAGAUGAUGACGAUGACGACGAUGACGAGCUCAGUGAGCCAGGUAGCGAUUUAGCUGAUGAGACGAUGGGCGUGCGCGAGGUUGAGGAAGACGCUGAAGGAGAGGAGAUUGAGGUGGCUGGAGACGGCGAGGAAGAAGAAGAGGAAGAGGAGGAAGAGGAGGAAGAGGAGGAGGAAGAGGAGGAAGAGGAGGAGCAGGAGGAAGAAGAGGACGCCGAAGGCGAGGCGGAUGUUCGAGAGCUCGAUAGCGAUGAGGACGGCAGCCGCGCUGGUACACCAGACCUGGCCAAGAUGACCAAGCGCCAGAGAGCCCGCUUCGACGAACAGCCCCAAGAAUACAUGAAGCUUUCGGAUGAGGUUCAAGCAAAAAAGGUGUUCACGGCUGAAGAACUGUCUAUGCGCCGCCAGGAAAUGGCUCGUCGUAGACGGAAUCUAAGCGAGAAGCGCAACGAAGAAGUCAAGAUGGAAACUAUCAACAAAUUGCUCAAAAAACAAGCGCCCAAGACAAAAAAGGGUGCCCGUGGCAACUCACCCGGGGCUGAUGUCAGGCCAGCCGCGACGCUAAUUAGGUGGGUUAGCAGCAAGGGCGGCAGCAAGAUUGCCGUGCCCGAAGAGAUCAUGGGCGGGCCAGUGGGCAACGUGUUUGGGCCGGCGGGUAAGGGUAGCAGUGGAACCAAGAUGGUGGAAGAGGUGGCGUGA